AUGAAUAACCCCAAUGAUGCAACGAUCGACAUACCUCUCAGCAAGGUCGAGACGAAGACGGGUGCUCGUCGACCAUCGUGGGAAAAGCAUCAGGCAGGGGCCAAUGGCCAUGAGAUGAACGAAAAAACUGGAUUCUAUCAGCGCCACGUCGCCGGUCGACGAAAAACAGCUAAGAAAACAGGUCGUGGAGAUGACGGAGAAAAUGAUACGAUCACUCAGAUGGGACAUAUCUACAACAAGAUUUUGAAUUUCUCCAUCGUUACUCGCUAUUUUCUCUAUGUCCUCCCAGUGGCCUUUCUGAUUUCAAUACCGAUCAUCAUCGGAGCUACAGCCAAACAGGAUGCUACCAUGGGAGGAGUCCGGAUUGUUUGGAUAUUCUCUUGGUUACUCAUCGUAUGGUUAAGUUUGUGGGUCUCGAAGCUUGUGGCCAAGUUCUUACCCGCGAUUUUCCAAUUCCUGUGCGGCAUUGUCAGCUCAGGCACGAGAAAAUACUCGCUAGUAAUCAGAGCUCUCGAGAUCUAUCUGUCCUUGUGUGGAUGGGCUCUAACGUCGCUGGCGACCUUCAUCCCCGUGAUGACGCACAAUCCGACGCAAUCUGCUCAAGCAAAAACCUAUGCAAAAGAUAUUAACUCGCCAGACCGUGCAAAACACGACAACGCCCUGUUGUAUAAAAACGCGGCCGCGAUUAAGCCUUGGGAGUCCGUCGUACAGAAGACUCUAGCUGCGUUCCUCGUAGCGACUUUGAUCUUGUUAGCUGAGAAACUUCUGAUCCAGCUCAUUUCUAUCGGAUAUCAUCGAACACAAUUCAACGCCAAGAUACAAGGCUCCAAACACAGGAUACACUUACUCAGCCUCCUUUAUCAAGCAUCGCGGAAUCUUUUUCCAGCAUAUUGCCCCGAGUUUGCUCAGGAGGAUUAUGUCAUAAAUGAUUCCAUAGAACUCGGGGACGGUCAUGCGGGUCAGAGGCAAUCCGGUUCGGCAACGCCAAUGAGACUUUUGCAGAAUGUUGGCCGAUUUGGGGACAAGGUCACGUCUGUCUUUGGUAACCUUGCUCAAGAGGUUACAGGGAAAGAGGUGUUUAACCCCAAUUCACCGCAUUCAAUUGUCGUGGAGGCUCUGGAGAAGAAUAGAUCGGCGGAGGCGCUGGCGAAGCGGUUGUGGAUGAGCUUUGUGGUGGAAGGUAAAGAAGCGCUCUAUCGGGAGGACAUCGUCGAAGUUCUCGGGCCUGACCUUAACGAAGAAGCCGAAGAAGCAUUUUCAGUCCUCGAUCGAGACGGAAAUGGUGACAUUAGUCUUGACGAGAUGAUUUUGACUGUCUGCGAAUUUGGGAAAGAACGGCAUUCGAUCUCAAACAGCCUGCACGAUGUUGAUCAAGCCAUCCAUGUAUUGGACAACCUUCUCUGCACGGUGGUUUUAAUCAUGUGCAUCUUCGUUUUCGUGGCGUUUUUGAACUCCUCAUUCACUACCACGUUGGCGACGGCUGGCACGGCCAUUCUAUCUUUGUCUUUUGUAUUUGCUGCAACGGCUCAAGAAGUCCUUGGAUCUUGCAUAUUCCUCUUUGUCAAGCAUCCAUUCGAUGUUUUAGAUCGCGUCGAUGUCGGGACUGAUCAGUUGGUCGUCAAGCACAUCUCGUUAUUGUUCACAGUGUUUCAGCACGUCAGCUCGCACAAGAGAACCCAGGUUCCUAACGUCGUUCUCAAUGGGCUUUGGAUACAAAACAUAUCCAGAUCUGAGGCCAUGCGCGAGCAACUUCAAAUCUUCAUUGGUUUCGACACCACACUUGAGGAUCUUCAAUUGUUGAGAAACGAGCUCCAUACCUUCGUGAUGGAGAAGGACAAUUCACGAGAUUUUCAACCGGACGUCAAUGUUGAGAUCACUGGCAUUGCCGCUAUGGAUAAGAUGGAGCUCACAGUUGAGAUUCGCCACAAAUCAAAUUGGGCAAAUGAGACAGUUCGGGCAGCUCGACGAUCGAAAUUCAUGUGCGCCUUGGUCUUAGCACUUCGAAAGAUCCCUAUCUAUGCACCUGGAGGAGGAGGUGCCGCCCUUGGUAGCGUUGAUCAACCUACUUAUACGGUUGCAGUAUCAAAUGACCAGGCUGCCGUCAACCGUAAAAACUAUGAUGAUACAAAGGACAAAAAGAGGCUCUACCCAAACAACAAGCCCGACGUCCCGGACAGGAGCGCAGACAGAGGUUUCUCAACAGGAGCGGAUUCAACGGACCCUCGGGAUUCGGCUACCCCUCCCCCUCUUCGAUUUCGCCAGCCUCCUGCGUCUGAAAGCAACGCUCUGAAUACCCUCAAUUCAAGACACCCUGCAGCAGAUACUGCUGAUCAUCCCAGAGAUUAUGUUGAGCCAACAACGCCAAAGUCGUUGGCGCGGUCGAUCUCGGGGGCGACAGAGACGACUGACUUAGACCGUACCGCUUCGAUCGAGGAAGUACGCGGAAUUUUGCGUCGAGAAUCGACGAAAGGGAAACGGAGGCAAUCUGGGGGAUCGGCGCCCAAGAAGAUUAGGCCUAUAGCUGAGCAGCCUGAUAGACUUCCACGGCCUUACAAUGGACCUGGUCUAGAGUAUGAUCCAUACGCUUAUACCUCCUACACGCAGGAGGGAGCUCCGCCCAAAUACAAAGAGCCUGCCACCGAUUCAAAGAACAGACAACCUCACGAUCAAGAAAUGCAAACAGCAUGGCCUCAGCCGCCAACUACUACUCAUAACCCCAGACCUUUGACUGAUCAGCAACGCCCGCCUCCGUCUUCACAAGUACGACAGGCCCCUCCAAUUGCCCCUCCACCUCAAAUAAAGAAUCCUACUCCUCCACCCAAAGAUAGCGAAAAAUCUUUUGGUCCUUCUAGUCAACAAAUGGCAGGCCCUCGUACAUUCACUAACGAUCCGGCUCAGAUCCGGGCACCUUCUCCUAUUCGGAAUCCCUUUCAAUUACAUGCGCUGAGGGCACAGGCCCAAGGGGUAGGUGUACCCAGGGCGGUGAGAAGUAACAGCCGACCCGAGAGCCAAGUCUCAACUCCAAGUAACGGGGCAGCAACCCCAUCACAAGCUCGGCGGCCUGUACCCGGCGGUGGGAAUGCCUUCGCUCCUAGAGCUCAAUCACAGGAACGUUCCCCCCAGGGGUAA